CGGCGGGCGGGGGCCCGGGAGCCCCGCGGGAGCCGGCGGCGACGGCGCGGAGGAUGCGGGGCGCCGGGGGUCGCGGCCGCCGAGGCGCUCCCGGCCGGCGACGGGCAGCUGCCUCCCGGAGCGAGGUAAUGAUUUUGCGAACCAGAACUUAUCAGCCAACUGUUCCUAUCAAGACUAUCUCCUCUUGAUUUCUGAAUUUCUCAAAAUGAGUAAGAGUAAACUAAUUCCCAAGCUUUCCAUUCAGUCUCCUGUCCAUCAUACCAACUUAAACGUUCAGUCCUCAGACCCACUCUUUAAGAAAGAAGACUUAAACCAGAUUUCAAAAGACUCCUUGGAAUCAGAUUCAGAAAGUCUCAGUCAAGAUUGCAAGUCCCAGUCUGAACUUGAGGACCAAAUCCAAGAAGAUGUGGAGCCUGACAGCUUAGAGGACAGUCCUCAGGAGGAAAGCUUGAGUGAAACAGAAGAGGAAGCAAGCCGAAAAGUAGCUCAGCUGGUCAUUGAGGGAGACCUCCAGGUCCAGGAUAAUGGCAUGAACAACAGCCAAAAACCUAUAGAAGACAAAUAUUCAGACCUCCGCUAUGACCCAAACUGGAAGAAUAAGAAGGAGGAAGGGCAGUUGUUGAUGGUGGAAGCUUUGCCAGGGUCUGCUGCCAGUUCUUCAGAAAAUCUGUCCUUAAAUCCACUGUACCCUUCCAAGGAGACUUCAAUGGAACUCUCAGAGGGAAAAGGCAAACAGAGAAAGAACUCUCAGAGUGUAACUUCCUUACUUGGAAGUGAAUUUUUAAGCCCAAACUAUGAGCCUGGUGCUCAUCACAGAGGGCCACGUUCAGAGCUGAGCAGCAGUGACGUGGAGAAGUCGAGCAACCUCUCUCAAUACCUGAAGAGUUCAAGUUCACAUAGCGAGGUUUUCCUGCCAGGAUCACGUGGCCCUCGGCGAAGGAAGUCCAAGCAAUAUUUUGUGGAAAAGAACAAACUGACUUUGGGAUUACCCUCUCCUAAAACAGACUCUUACCUUCAACUUCACAAUAGAAAAAGGGGGGAAACUCACCUAGAACAGAUCUCCUACCCCAUCAGAGUAACCGGCAAGACAUCUGAUCAGAAUGCCAAAGAGAUUGAAAACGCUGCCAUCGAUCCUGAGAACAAGUGGCAUCAAAGAGCACAACAGUUAAAGAUUUACCAGGAACACUGGUCUCAAUAUGAAGGUACAAAAUCAAGCAAUGUACCAAGAAGUCAAUCCUCUGAAAUAGCCAACAACCAGCAACCACCCAGAAGACCAGCCAAGCCCAAGGCUCGGCGACAGCAUAGACGUCAGAUUGGCCUCAAGUCUUUCAUGACCAAAGAGCUCACUGUCAGUCAAGGAAACCAGAAUGACCUUUCUAGACAGCAACAAAACCAAAAUCAACCCAUUGAUCCUUCAAUAAAGCAUGGAUCAACUGUGCUCAUGUAUGCCUCUAACAAUGAUUUACAAGACUCAAGAGCACUUAGGAUCCAGGAUUCCAAAGUGACCUCCAAUAUAUUUGCUCCACCAAAGCAGGCUUUCGACAGUGUAUUAUAUAAAAACUCUACUGGAUAUCACUUGAUGAAUGUUAAUAAAGAAAGGGGACAACACAGAGAUGAAGAGGAGAGAAGAUUUCCAUAUCAGCAGCUACCCAUCUACCCUCUUUCUAAUUCAGAUUUGAACUUUAAUGAACUUUCUAAGAGACACAUGUUCCUGAGCCAAAAAGAGUCUCAGUCUGUUUAUGACGUGAAUGUUCAAAGAUCGGCUGAAAAAAAGAAGCAACCAAAACAACCUAAUACAGAGACAAAAUAUAAGAACUUAGAAAUGUUAUGGAAAUUCCCUUCUUCCUCAGACAGCCAACCUGUUGGAGCUUCCCCAGAUUCACAGCUCACUCAGAUAAUGGAGCAGCAUCAGCAAGCCUUGGUGCAGCUGACUGACGUGCAGCCCAGGGAAGGGUCCUCUUCCAGUGUCACGCUCCCCCCCAUCUUGUCAAGAGUAGAAAGCGAAUCCCAACUCAGUUCAGAGAGAAGCCAAAGAAACCAAAUGAAAAUCAUCCGUAGCAAUUCUGAAGGCUAUCUGUUUCAACUGGAGAAAGGAAAGAAACAUAGGAAAAGGGACAGUGUUAAGAGUUCCAAGCUGAAAGGUUAUCAAAAAAGAGACGUGAAGCUUGGAGGCCUGGGACCUGACUUAGAAUCCGUCAGAGAAAAAAUGCAAAAAUUAAUACAGCAAAAGGAAUAUGCAAAACAAGUUAAGGAGUACAACAUGAAGACACUAUCUGUUCUGUCCAAACCACAAACAGCAAAAACUGAAAAUAGAUCAGCCAUUCCUCGGCAGAAGGCUUUGGAAUAUGCUAAGACCAUCCCCAAACCCAAACCGUCAAAUCUGACCGAUCCAGCAUCAAAGGAAAGAAAAAAUCCAACCUAUGGUGGAAGUAAAGAAAGUUUACCUGAAAUCUCACUGCUGGAAAUACUGCAGAAUAGACACGAAAGGGAAAAACAGGCUGUGGCUGCUUUCAAAGUCCUACACAUUGUGUAGACAACAUUUGGUAGGAGCCAAAAACUCCGAGAACAGAUGUAGAGGAGAGAGACUCCAACCUGCAUUGAGUACAGCGACCUAACACUGUCUCCCUACUGAAGUCCAUGUCUGAUUUGUAUAGAUUUAGUAGAGGCCCAAUCAGAUUAUGGUGCCAUGUCUUACUUUUUUAUUUUCCAAUCAGUUAGAAUUUGGACUGAUAACUAGAAAAUAAAGCUUUUGGUUUUACAUUGGAUCUUUCAAUUUCAUAAAUUACCCCUGUCCUUCUUUAGCAUAAAGAAAAUCUUGCUGUUAUUCAGAAAUAAAUCCACUUGUGUAUCUCUCUUACCUCCCUGAUAGGAAAAGCAUAAACACUUCAGUUUCUCCUAAAAUGAACUCAAUUGGACCAAUCACCAGUAAAUUUUGAGAUAACAUUUCAGAACUUUUACUCAAAUCUCCAAGUUUAGCAAAGGACUAAGAUAUAAAAUUGAAAAAAAAAAUGAAGGUACAUCUGGAUGUGCCUACUAAAAUAGAACAAAUCCAAUGUCAUUCUAACAGAGCAUCAAGAUAUUAGUUACAAAUCCUCCUCUGAGUCCAGAAAUGCCGACUCAGACAACUCUGAGAGACACACUUUGUCAAAGCCACUUGCUCCAAGUACAUAAAUUUGAUGGGGGCAUCUUGCCAUCACAAAUAUCUUAAAAUAUUGUCUUAUGUAUACUUUCACACAAUCAUAAUAGGUAAGACAGAAGCAUUCCAUAGUUUACUACUGAAUAUAGAUAAGAAUAAAUAUUUUACUUUCAUCUUUUGUAGCAUUAUAAAAAUUCCUGGUCUUAAUUACUGAAGAUUUUAAUUUUUAUCUCCUUUUUUAUAUUAAAUGGUCAUUGCAUAUCCAGACAUGGAUAAUUUCCACCAAUUUGGGUCAAACAUCUUUACACAAGAACUGACUUUGGAAAUUCACUUCUAUGUUGUAUAUAUUUUACAUAUACCAUGAUGUGCCUGAAUGUAACUUUUUCUUUAUACUGGCAGCAGUUAGAGUUGAGAGUCUGUAAAGAUAACAAGUAUAUAAAUAGAAAAUGGAUGAAUCAUCUUUCAGUGGUAUUUGGAAAAUAAUAUCAUAUAUGAGGAGUUCAAGAAAAUCAUAGCCCAAACUGCUGAUAAUAUGUAUUUGUAAAGAGACCCCUUCGGGAUACAUGGUAAAGACUUUACUAGAAACAUUGAUUUUUUUUUUUUUCCUAAACGACCUUAAAUUUGAACUUACUUUGGAAGAAAAAGGAUGCAUGUAGAGACAGUGUCAUAUUUUCAUAAUUGAAGGGACAGGGUAAGAUUUUUAAAUAUUUUGUUAUCUAUUAAAAUAACUUGAAAGAAUCUGGAGCCUGGAAAGAGUUUAUCAUGUCUUUUUCCAGAAAUGUGGAGAUCAAGAAAGAUUCAGCAGCCCUGAAGUCCAUCAGUCAUAUUGAGGGUUUUGAGAGAGUAGCCAGAUCUCAAUGCCCUGUCUUUUAGCACCACAAAUGGUGCUGUAUGAUUGUGGAAAGAUGAUGUUCUUGUUUCUUUGUGUGGGCAAGGAGCAUGGAGUUGCUGUGAAUUUCAGUUUGGGGUCUGAAUUUGCAUUGAGUUCAGUUUUAGAACUAUUCAUUACUGUGUAUCUGAUAAAUUUUUAAAUUUUUUUUUAGUUGCAGAUGAGCACAAUACCUUUUUUUCUAUUUAUUUUUUUCUUUUUUUUUAAUGUGGUGACGAGGAUCAAACCCAGUGCCUCACAAGUGCUAGACAAGUGCUCUACCACUGAGCCACAACCCCAGCCCCUUGAUAAUUUUUUUAUUCCCCUAAUCAUUUUUUAAUAUGUACAGUCUGGCAAAAUUUCCUUACUGAAUUGAUAAAGUUGUAACAGACAUAAAGAGCAACUCACACUUGGACGUUGAGCAGUAAGAGAGACACUUCCAUUCUUUUUUCCAAAACAUUUCAAAACCUUCCCAUCAGUGUAUUUCUGUUAGCUGACAUAUGGUUAGAUCCUUCCAACACUUUCACACAUGCUGUCAAAAACCAACACUUAGCUGGAGCAGGUGAAGUGAUUUAGUUGAUGUCAAAACAUUUCACAGGAUCCUUGCCCCAAGGUCAGUCUUUACCAUCCAGUACAUAAGACUCUAGAAAAUCAGAAUUCUUUAUACAGUGUGCUAAGUAGAAUUUAAAAUGCCUUUGGCUAGAGAAAUAAAAUAUAUUUGCUGUAAGUUUUGCGUUGAAAUGAAACUCCAUCAAAAUAAUCUUUUGUUUAACCCCAAGUCAUCUCACAAUACUAAGAUCCAGCAGAAUGUUUAAGCUACCAUGAUCCUAGGACUAAGAUAUUUACACCAACAGUGAAUGACAAAUACUUUUUUGCUCCUUUUUAAAAUUGUACUAAUGACAAUAUCAAUCUUUUAUAAACCCAAGUGGAUCCGUGAUCAAUUUUCCAGCCUAUCUGUUUCAGAUACUGAAGAAAAUAAGAACAAUCUGCCUAUUAGAAAGCAAAGAACUUCAAACUUGAGUGACAUAAUGAGGGAGGGCCUGUAUUUAACCAGAUGUUAUAUAUGCCAUUGAAAGACAUGGUAUAAUUAUGCCUAAUCUCUAUG